CUAACACUAUUGAGAAUAUGAUAUAUAAUGAUAUGAUACGCUCCACUAUAUCAAAUCUAUUAUAUGAAUCUGAACUCUAUGCUGCUAUGAUUGCUAAUCAAAUACAUACAUGUAAUAAAAGAUGUCAAGAAUCUGCAAGUCUAG